AGAAUUCUGAGAUGGAAUUUGUAGAGCGUAUUGUUGCGUACAUGACUCACUCUACGGACGUCUUUCUUGUCUUAUGUUAACGAAGUUGAAUGUGGUCCAAGUUACCCACGUUUGUGAGGUAUCUCGCAUGCGCCGGGCUCCGUUGAAACAGUUCAAGGGCCCGUUCUUAUCCGUCUCGUCGUCACUGGCGUUGCCUGCGCUUUCUUGUAAACCCCAUGUUCCUCAGCCAUUCCCCUUGUAAAAGCAUAACACAUCCUCCUCCAGUUGUUCUAUUACCCUCUUUAUUGUCACUACUCUAGAUAUGAAGUGCCACAACUUCCUAGUGCUUGCGGCCUCGAUCGCUGUGGUCUCGGCGCUGUCCGUCGACACUAACUACCAAAAGGUGGUUAUUGAGGACAAGCAACGUAUAACACAAGGACAAUGCUUGAUUGAGCUGAGUCCUGGAGAGACAAGAUGGGUCACGGAAGACGAUAAAUGGGAUUUGAAGCGGCAUGGGGUUCAAUUCAUGGACAUCACUGAAAAUGGACACACCUAUCCAUAUGUCAUUUCUCAGGAAGGCGAGACGAGUCGAAUUACCUAUCCCUCUAAAGCGCAGUACAACAAGACGGUGAAGUCACUGGUAAAAGGAUUGGAUAAAGAUAAUAUGCGCAAGCACCUGGAGGGACUCACCUCGUUCCACACUCGAUACUACAAGAGCCAGUACGGCAUUGAUGCAGCUACCUGGCUAUACGAGCAGAUCAAUGAGACCAUCUCAGGCUCGGGUGCGUUUGACUACGGCGCUACCUUGAACAAGUUCAAUCAUCCGUGGGGCCAGUUCAGUAUCAUUGCUCGGCUACCGGGAAAGACCAAUCAUACAGUUGUGAUUGGAGCACACUUGGACAGUAUCAAUCUGUUCUUGCCGUCCAUUCUCGCAGCGCCAGGGGCCGACGACGACGGCAGUGGCACGGUGACGAUAUUGGAGGCUCUUACGGCCCUCCUUCAGUCCCACGAUAUCAUCAAGGGCAAGGCUGAAAAUACCAUCGAGUUCCACUGGUACUCGGCUGAAGAGGGCGGUCUUCUGGGCAGUCAGGCGAUCUUCAAGUCAUACCAUGAGAGCGGGAAAUCCAUCAAAGCUAUGAUUCAGCAGGACAUGACCGGCUACGUGGCCCAGACGUUGGCACAUGGCAAGCCCGAGUCGGUUGGAGUCAUCACGGACUAUGUCAAUGCGGACCUGACCGAGUUCAUCAAAGAAAUCAUCACGACAUACUGCGAUAUCCCAUACACGCUGACCAAGUGCGGCUAUGCAUGCUCGGACCAUGCUUCUGCCAGCAAGUAUGGAUAUCCAUCGGCGUUUGUGAUCGAGUCGGAUUUUGAGUACUCUGACAAGAAGAUACAUACCACCGAGGAUCUGAUCAAGUACCUGAGCUUUGAUCACAUGUUGCAGCAUGCGAAGAUGACUUUGGGUUUUGCAUACGAGGCUGCUUUUGCAAAGUUUUGAGGGCCCCAGAUGUUGUUGACAAUGGACUAGAUGUCCCAGACGGCGUUGGGGUUGGCCAUAGGAUUUCAUGGGUCUUGCAGACAGUAUUACUACCUUGAUACCCAGGCAUAUAUACGCACCGUGAUUCUGAUCUCCUCUGAUGGUCUUGAUUGGCCCUGGAACUUAGCUGCAGUGACUGGGUUUUGCUUGCAUGUUGACCAUCAACCCAUC